CAGUUUGUUUGCUGUUAUCAUCAGACAAUUAAAAAUAUAUAUCAAUUGAAAUAUUACAUCAAGACAUAAUGGCGCUCAUAAAUCCGUUAAGCAACCUAAACUAUUAUGCAGCCAGUCUGCUGAUAUGUGCUCUUAUGCUCUGUCAAUUGGAACAUUCAGAAGCUCGGGAAGAAGGCGAUUCAUGCAUAGUCAAAGAAAAUAUGCCUGGCAUUUGCCGUCUCUCAUCCAAGUGUGAGCCACAUAUAGAGAAAUAUAUAAAAUCGGGGCGAUUAUCACAAAAUGAGGUGCCCAGCUGUGGUUUUGGACCACGUGAGGAGAUUGUAUGCUGUCCUGUAGCUGAAUGCUGUGAUGAUGAAGAUACGGGCCCAAGCCAGGUAACAACAGCACCAAUAACGAGAACAACAACUGAGCCAAGCACUAAAGCGCUCCUGGAUCCAGAAUCCUCCUACUUCGACCUUCAUCAGAUGCUCACAAAUGGCGCCAGAAGUAAAGAUAAUUCAGAGUCCAAGCCACAGCGUAUGGAGAAGUCACAAAAGCUGCAGCUAUUUCAGGACAUGGGACCUUUGGGAGCAGCAGCAGCACCAACAGCGGCCAGAGAUAGAACACCCAAAAUAAUAAAUAGACCACCCAUAUUUAUUAAUCGACCGCCCAGCACAACGCCCAUGACUCUUGUAAAACUUGUCAAUGAUCGUUUGCAACAACGAGGCAUGAAUAUUGUACCUGCGCAACAAGUUAAUAGCUUUAAUCCUGCAACUACUACAGCAGCACCUAUAAUUGAGGAUCCUUGGGAGCCAUUUUACUUUAGAGAAAACCUGGAUGCAAUAAUAAAUGGCACUACAUCCACAACAACAACUACAACAACAACAACAACAGUUAGAGCUCUACCAGCCACACCCACUACACGUGUGGACACAGGUGCAAUGGAGGAGCGACCAGCCGUGCGAGCUUGCCGCAAAAUUGAGGCACGUGAUAAAGUCGAGUCCAUAACGUAUCAGAUUUUGGGCGGCCUUCCCGUGGAUCCUGGUGUAUAUCCACACAUGGCCGCUAUUGCUUUCAGCAAUUUCGGAUCGUUUUCUUAUCGUUGCGGCGGCACGUUGAUAUCAAACCGUCAUGUUCUAACAGCCGCUCAUUGUGUGAAUAGUCAGAACGAUACGCCUGUACAUGUGCGACUUGGUUCCGUGAAUAUUGAGAACUUGAGCUCCUACUAUCAAGAUAUUGCUGUAACGGACAAUAUUGUCGUACAUCCGGAUUAUGUAAGCAGCACCAAAUAUCAUGACAUAGCCAUACUUGAGCUUGAACAUGAAGUUAAUUUAACCUAUUAUGUAUAUCCCGCCUGUCUGGAUGCAAGUGCGAGCGAUCCACCAACAAAUUCGCAGCUUUACGUUGCUGGCUGGGGUGUCAUGAAUCAGACCACUCGCCGUACAUCGAAAGUUUUGCUGCGUGCACCACUGAGUGUGGUGCCUUUAAGUCAGUGCAAUGAAGCAUAUUUGGAGCAGCCGAAUAGCAAACGUUUCCUGCCAAAUGGUCUAAUACCGUCGCUGCUUUGUGCCGCAGACAAAUUACAGCAGAAGGCUGAUGCUUGUCAGGGUGAUUCCGGUGGACCUUUGGUGCUCGAAGAAGAUAUUGUUAAUCAUAAGUAUAGCAUUGUGGGUGUCAUAUCGGCGGGUUUUGGCUGUGCCACAAAAACGCCUGGACUUUAUACACGUGUGUCCUCAUAUUUAGACUUUAUUGAGAGCGUCGUGUGGCCAAACAAUGUAGUCUAACCAUUAUAAAUGGACCUUUGAAAUAUAUAUAUUAUUAAAUAUUAA